CCGUUGAUUAUUGAGAUAGUAGUGCGACGAGUUGGAGAAGGGGAUGAGUGAAGUGUGAUAAAAAUGUUACAGGAAAACGAGAAAAACAAGAUGGAUAAUAACCUAAAAAUAAUUAAAAUCGCUGUAAUCGGUGAUGGAACUGUAGGAAAAACUAAUUUGUUAAAUAGAUAUACAUUAAAUGAACCCAUAACGGAUUACGAACCAACAGUUUUCGAUAAUUAUUCUACAGAAAUUCAUUUAGGUGGUAAAUCAUAUCUAUUACAACUAUUUGAUACAUCAGGACAAGAAGAAUACGAUCGAUUAAGAAAACUUUCUUACGUAGAGCGAGAUUGUAUAAUAAUUUGUUUCGCCGUUAAUAACAAAAAUUCUUAUCAACACGUUAAAGAGAAAUGGAUUAGUGAUGUAAGGCAAUCCAAUAAAACAGCAAAAAUACUUCUUGUGGGUACAAAAUCGGAUUUAAGGGACGAUCCUAAUGAAGAUUUAGUAGAUCCCGAGCAAGGGGUUAAAAUGAUGAAAAUAAUCAAAGCUAAGGGAUACAUGGAAUGCUCAUCUUUACGAAACGAUGGGGUUCAAAACGUUUUUAGCGAAGCGAUACGCAUCGUUUUAUGUGAAUGGCAAAAACGAAAGCGAAAGUGCGAAAUUUUGUGAUUAUCUCGAAUUAAAAGAAUUAAAUAAA